AUGGCGCUUUCGAGCGCAGCUUCGGCGGCGCGGCGGACGACCGCGUGCCUGGCCGGCAGACGGAUAUGUGCUGGUGCUCAGGGCGUGCUCGACGCCGCGGUUCAGCGGGAGCAGGGGGUCUGGGACGAGGGCGCAAAGUGUGGGCCAGCGGGCGCGGUAGCUGCAGCUAGCCCUGGCGCGCAGCUCCCCGUCCGCGCCGGGGAAGGCGCCACGCUGGCGUGCCUGGGCCGGCAGUCCCGCAUGAUGAGCAGCUCGCUGUCGGGCGUCCGUCGCGACGGUCCCCCGGGCGCGGGGGCGCUCGGACCCUUCACGCGUGGCUACGUGCAGAGCGCUGCGUUCGCCACGAACGCGGAGGAGGGGUGGCACUGGGCGAGCGGCACGCCGCAGCCCGCGUCGAGGCGGGCCGACGAGCAGGAGGAGUUCCAGCUCCCCGCGUCCCUCGAGUCGCUGUUCGCGGGCCCCGCACACUCCCUCGAGACACCCAAGCCGCCGCUGGACCUCACGGCCUCGCAGCAGGCGGCCGCGCAGAGGAGCGUGCUCGUCCGGAUCGCGCACGCGAUCAGCAGAUUCAACUCCGACGAGCAGGCCCGGAUGCGGGCGUGCAGGAGCCUCCACUGGGCGCUGGUGCACCAGGCCCUGGACAAGCACCUGUACGACGCGUUCGGGCUGCCCUACAUCUUCCGCUACCAGCACCCAAUGCUCUGCCUGCACAUGUGGAUGUUCGUGCGCCGCCUCGCCGUCGACGAGGAGGCCAAGCCCUGGGUCGAGGACAUCUACGGCAUCUUCAACCGGGAUAUUGAGAGUCGGACGGCGGACUGGGGCGUGAAGUUCCGCUUCGACCACUGGCUGAAGGAGCAGGAGAAGAACUUUUACGGGGCGGGGUACGACUACGACAUGGCGCUGGGGCCGGCGUCGCGGCCGCCGUUCGACGGGCCGUACGAGGGGCGCGACGCGAUGCACAAGGCGCUGUGGAAGUGGGUGAUGGUCCGGGACGGGGACCCGCGCAAGGCGCACGCGCUGGAGAGGUACGUGAUGCACCAGCUGCACUGCCUCUUCGCGACGCCGAUGGACGCGAUCAAGGAGGGCCGCGUGUGGUUCUCGCGGUCCGGCCUCCCGCUGAAGCCCUUCGCGCCGGACGCGGAGAUGAUGGGCCUCAACAUGCGCGACGAGAAACAGACGCGCCGCAUGAUGGAUGAGCGCGCGGACAUGGAGCGCAAUGAGCACCUUACGCUGUUCGCGUCCGUCCUGCGCGACGAAAGCCCCGCCGCCGCGGAGAAGGCCGUGCAGCGCGCCCGGGGCGACGCGGAGCCGACGUUCUAG